UGUUAUAACCACUCCUACAUCAUAGGAUCAUUAGGAGAAAUGGCUGUGCCACACAAAUAGGGGUAGCCAAAUCUAUAUAUUGUACACUUUGUAACAUCAUUGUUUAAGGAAUCACAACAGAUAUUCCAACUGUGCCGUCCCUUCGUCGUCGCUACCAGCACACCAGCAGAGAUAGGAACCAAGGUAGAAGAAGGGCGCGCGGCCGCUUUGUGCACGUGAUCCACGCCCACGCGCUGACUUUGCUGGGUACCAGCACACAACGCUGUCGACCACUACCAAACAUCUCUCAAAAAUGACAUCACCCAACGAAACUAGACAAGUCCCAAUUGCCCACGAGGCUUACUCCAAUCGGAAUGGCCGGUUUCCUUCUCACUUUCUCGUGCUCUUCCUUCUUCAUUAGGCCAUUGAUUGAUGUUUUACCUCACCAACCAACAAGAACCUGGUUUUCACCGCAACGCAGCGCAGCCAACUCCACAUUUCACGCAGCAACUACACCAGGAAAUCCAGCAUGUCCUCCCUUGGCUUGGCUCUGGUGCUGCUCGUCUCAAUGGUCUCUCCGGCGACAACGAGGAGCUCCUGCUCCAAGCAGGAGGAAAACUCCCUUCUCCAGCUCCUCGCCGGGCUCUCACGGCACGGCGGCCUCGCCGCGUCGUGGCAGAGCAACACCCACUGCUGCGCAUGGGAAGGGAUCACAUGCAACCAAGAUGGAAAGGUCACCGAUGUUUCGCUGGCUUCUCGAGGCCUCGAGGGGUCCAUCUCGCCAUUCCUCGGCAACCUCACCAGCCUCUUGCGCCUCAAGCUGUCGCGCAACUCACUGUCCGGCGACUUGCCGCUAGAGUUGGUUUCAUCAAGCAGCAUAAUCGUCCUCGACGUCAGCUUCAACCGCCUCACAGGAGCGCUGCAUGAGCUGCCAUCUUCAACCCCUGCGCGGCCUCUGCAGGUAAUGAACAUCUCAAGCAACUUGUUUACAGGCCAAUUUCCAUCCACCACAUGGAAAGCAAUGGAGAAUUUGGUCGCGCUCAAUGCCAGCAACAACAGCUUUACUGGGCAGAUACCAAUGACGCUAUGUGCGAGUGCGCCAUCUUUGGCCGUGCUUGAGCUCAGUUUUAACAAAUUCAGUGGAAAUAUCCCUCCAGGGCUCAGUAGUUGCUCCGUGCUGAAGAUGCUCAGCGCUGGCUACAACAACCUCUGUGGGAAUCUUCCAGUCGAGCUCUUCAAUGUUACCUCAUUAGAGCACCUCUCUUUGCCUAACAAUUGGUUAGACGGAGCUGUCAAUGGCAUCAGCAAGCUCACAAAUCUGGUCACCCUUGAUCUAGGGGAGAAUGGUUUCAGUGGCAACAUUCCAGAGUCUAUAGGUGAUCUGAAGAGAUUGGAGGAGCUGCAUUUGGAACACAACAAUAUGUCAGGGGAGCUGCCAACAGCUCUAAGCAACUGCACAAAUCUUGUAACAAUUGACCUCAACACCAACCGCUUCAGUGGACAACUUAACGAGGUCAAGUUUGCGAGCCUGUCGAAUCUAAGAAAAUUAGAUCUUCUUUUCAACAACUUCACCGGAACAAUUCCAGAAAGCAUAUACUCCUGCAGCAAGCUGAGUGCACUACGGCUAUCUUACAAUCAAUUCCAUGGUCAAUUGUCAGAAAAAAUAAGCAAUCUGAAGUCCCUCUCAUUCCUAUCACUUUCUAAUAACUCGCUUACAAAUAUCACAAGGACGCUUCAGAUCCUUAGUAGUUCCAAGAGCCUCACCACCCUUUAUAUUGGAUGCAACUUCCUGCAUGAGACCAUGCCAGAGGAUGACAGCAUUAUUGGUUUUGAGAACCUUCAGGUUCUUUCCAUGAGUGAGUGUUCAUUGUCUGGAACAAUACCUGAUUGGUUAUCAAAGCUCACAAACUUAGGGAUGCUAUUUUUACAAAGCAAUCAACUAUCUGGACAGGUACCAGACUGGAUCAGCAGCCUAAACUUGCUUUUCUAUCUAGACAUAUCAAACAACAGCUUUACAGGGGAAAUUCCAACAGCCUUAAUGGAGAUGCCAAUGCUAAGAUCAGACAAGACUGCAGCAAAGGUCUUCUUUGAGCUGCUUGUUUGGAACGAGAACACAUUUAUGCAAUACCUCAUGCUCAGUGCUUUUCCUAAAGUGCUUAAUCUGGCCAUCAAUAAUUUCACUGGUGUGAUACCAGAGGAGAUCGGACAGUUAAAAGGACUCAUUUCACUCAACUUGAGCUCUAACAGGUUAUCUGGAGAGAUACCAAAACAGAUCUGCAAUCUGACGAACCUGCAGGUGCUUGACUUGUCUGGUAAUCAACUCACUGGUACAAUUCCAGCUGCAUUGAAAAAUCUGCACUUCCUUUCCAGAUUCAACGUUUCUAAUAAUGACCUGGAAGGCCCUAUUCCAAACGUGGGCCAGUUUAGCACAUUUCCGGAUUCUAGCUUUGGUGGAAACCCAAAACUGUGUAGCCCUAUGAUCCCAAACCAUUGUGGUUCAGCAGAAGCAGGUCCGGUCUCCACAAAACACAUUGGUAAUGAGGUUAUCUUUGCGAUCGCCUUUGGUAUUUUCUUUGGAGUAGGAGUCCUAUAUGAUCAGAUAGUCUUAAGCAGAUAUUUUGCUAAAGCCUUGUAAUUGUCUCACUGCCCAAACCAUGUGAGCUCAAGUGGUUCUCAGUUCAGCAAGAUGAUGUCAGUGGCUCCAGCCCCAGCAAGAUAAAAAAUCCCAGGAAAAUCCGGUAUCUCGAGCCAUUGGCAAUCUGUACCCCAUGUAAAUGAAAAUCGUUAGCGAGUGAGUAAACAUCAAGAGUGUGUAAUUCCAUUUAUUAUUUUAGAGAAUGUAUAACCAACCUUUUCACUAUUUACUUUGCUAAAGGUGAGUGAAUGUUCAUCCAGGAUCAGUGAUGAA